AUGAACCUGCGAGUGGAUGAUGAGCCCAAGCAACAUUAUUCUGUUGAAUCAGAUAUAUAUAUUUUUUUCUGUGUGGUCCAGACGUAUGUCCCAUCUAGUUAUAAUCUAAGGGAGAGCGAUUCGGUUAUCCUCUACGUGGUCCGGGAUUGUCUUUGGGGUCUGGUGAACAAUGCAGGCAUUGGUGUUCCAGGAGGUAUUAAUGAAUGGUUGACUACAGAUGACUUCUUGAAGAUUCUGAAAGUAAAUCUGAUAGGAGUUAUUGACGUGACACUUAAUAUGUUGCCAAUGAUACGGAAAGCACAAGGCCGUGUUGUGAAUGUAGGCAGUGUGGCUGGCAGAAUAAGUAUCUGUGGUGGAGGAUACUGCAUAUCAAAGUUUGGAGUAGAAUCCUUUUCUAACAGUCUUCGACGAGAAAUGCUUCCAUUUGGAGUGAAGGUUUCUAUAAUUGAGCCUGGCUUUUUCAAAACCGAGGUAACAAAUCCAGAGUUACAAAUGCAAAAUGUUAAACUCACAUGGGAGCAAGCAUCAGAAGAAGUCAAGAAAAGUUAUGGAGUAGAGUAUUUCAAGAAAAGCUAUGAGUAUGCUGACAGCGUAGCAUCCUUCUGCUCCACAAAGCUGUCUCUUGCUACAGAUUGUAUGGAGCAUGCACUGACCGCAGUUCAUCCCUGGACACGUUACUCUGCUGGAUGGGACAGUAAAUUCAUCCUGAUACCGUUCUCAUACCUGCCUUCAGUUCUCACAGACUUCAUCCUAACUAUGGGACAGCCGAAACCAGCCAAAGUGAUUUCAUCUUCUACUAAGUAA